AUGGAGGCCAAGAUCAAUCAAUUCUUCGAUUCUGUCACUAGUUUCUUCCGCGGCGGAGAUCAAAUCCCAUGGUCGACACCUGAUGUUGUCCGAGGCUGCGAGCGAGAAAUUGUGGAGGCCAAAAAAGAGGGCUCGGAUGAUAGGGUAAACGAAGGUAUUAUGCGGCUUUCGUGGGCUCUUGUACAUUCCAGACAAACUGAAGAUGUUCAACGAGGGAUAGCCAUGCUCGAAGCUUCACUAACCAACACGAACAGCCCAUUGCAAAAAAGAGAGAAACUUUAUCUGCUUGCAGUUGGAUAUUACAGAAGUGGAGACUAUGCAAGGAGCAGGCAGAUCCUAGAUCAGUGCUUGGAGAUUGCGCCUGACUGGAGGCAAGCUCUUUCUCUGAAGAAAGCUGUGGAGGAUCGAAUUACUAAAGAUGGUGUUAUUGGAAUUGGCAUCACUGCAACUGCCGUUGGGCUUUUAGCCGGAGGGAUAGCAGCUGCAUUGGCUCGAAAAAAUUGA